AAAUAGAGACCUGGAAGCCUUGAGCUUACUUCAUAGACCAAAAAACCUGGAGCAAAAAACGAUGACGACGAUGACGCCGAAGCUCUCUUUUCUGGCUCUGCUCUUGCUCUUAGGGGCCGCUGCUCAGUUUGUUGCGGCAAAACCGCUUUCCCAGGGUAAGCUGCAGUCUCCUGUUCUUCAGGAGUCAAUGAUUAAGGAGAUAAAUGAAAACCCUGAGGCAGGAUGGCAAGCUGCUAUGAGUCCUCGCUUCUCUAAUUACUCUGUUGGUGAGUUUAUGCACCUUCUGGGAGUCAAACAAGUACCUAAAAAGGAGUUGCUAGGUGUUCCCAUUGUAAGUCAUCCAAAAUCUUUGAAGUUGCCGAGUACUUUUGAUGCAAGAGAGGCUUGGUCUCAGUGCAGCACCAUUGGAAGAAUUCUAGAUCAGGGUCACUGUGGCUCUUGUUGGGCUUUUGCUGCUGUUGAAGCACUUUCAGAUCGCUUCUGCAUCCAAUUUGGCAAGAACACAUCUCUGUCUGUUAAUGAUCUCUUAGCGUGCUGUGGUUUCAUGUGUGGAAAUGGCUGUGAUGGUGGAAUUCCAAUUUAUGCGUGGCGUUACUUUGUCCACCACGGUGUUGUCACUGAAGAGUGUGACCCAUACUUUGAUCAAACUGGCUGUUCCCACCCUGGUUGUGAGCCCGCAUAUCCUACACCAAAGUGCGUUAGACAGUGUGUAGAUGGGAACCAGAUGUGGAAGCAGUCAAAGCGUUACAGUGUAAGCGCAUAUAGGAUCCAUUCUGAUCCACACAGUAUCAUGGCAGAAGUCUAUAAGAAUGGACCGGUUGAAGUUGCCUUCACCGUUUAUGAGGAUUUUGCUUACUAUAAAUCUGGAGUUUACAAGCAUAUUAAAGGUGAUGUUUUGGGAGGUCAUGCUGUUAAGCUAAUUGGGUGGGGCACAUCCCGCGCUGGGGAGGACUAUUGGCUUCUCGCAAAUCAGUGGAACAGAAGCUGGGGAGAUGAUGGUUACUUCAUGAUCAAAAGAGGAACAAACGAGUGUGGAAUUGAAGAGGAUGUGGUUGCUGGCUUACCUUCCUCGAAAUUUUUUAUAAGGGAGACUUCAAGCAUGGGUGCUUUCGAGGAUGUGGCUUCAGUUUGACUGGUGUAGAUUGUACUAUUGAUUUCUACUCAUGACCUUAAUGACGCAACUAGAUGCUCGCUGUCUGCAAGUGUGAACAUAGUCUUAGUUUAUACAUGUCUUGCUAGAGAAGGCUACUUCGUUCCACAAACAGUAUGAUAAUAAUGAGCUGAUUUCGCAUCUGAAAGGGCUUGUAAUUCAAGAACAUUGAAUUUAUGUAAUGGAAGUUUGGAACCAUAGGUUUCAGUUUUCA